AUGCUGUCCUUCAUGUUCACCAUUCAGGAGAUCAACCGGGAUCCUCAGAUCUUACCCAAUGUCACCCUGGGCUACAACCUCUAUGAGAAUGAUUUCAAUGCAAGAAUGACUUCUGAUGCCAUGGUAGACCUGCUUGCAGGCGGGGGAAGCACCAUUCCGAACUAUAGCUGUGGGAAACAGAACCUGCUGGCUGUCCUUGAAGGGGCCAAUUCUGUAAACUCAAAUCAGAUUUCAACCAUAUCAAGCAUCUACAAAAUCCCACAGAUCAGUUUUGGCUGUAAUGCUCAGGUUCUUGAUGAUAAGACCCAGUUCCCUUUUGUCUACCGGAUGGUCCCCAAAGAAGAAAGUCAGUACCCGGGGAUUGUCAAGUUGCUCCUGCAUUUUGGAUGGAGGUGGAUUGGUCAGUUUGCUCCAGACAGCGACAACGGAGAAAGAUUUGUGAAUGCAUUGACACCUCUCAUGAUCAGCAGUGGAAUUUGCAUUGCCUUCUCAAACAGAAUACGAGAAAAGAAUCUGUACCAAAACUUCAUCCCGAGUAAACCAAAUAUAAUGUGGAGACAAGUCAAUGUUUUUGUUUACUAUGAGGAUGCUCAGAUGGGAUGGGGUCCAAUCAUCACACUGCAACAUAGACUCGAGAAACAAAUUGGGGCCAAAGUCUGGAUCACAACAGCCUUUCAGGACAUCAAUUUGAACUUGUCUUUUAAUCCUGAAUUCUUCCAGUACAUCCAUGGUUCUCUGUCAUUUGUAAUGUGGUCCCAAAUAAGAACCAAACAUGACUACUAUGACCCAUCCUCACCUGCUCUCAAAACGUUUUGGAGGAAAGCUUUCCAUUGUUUAUAUUCAAAGCAUGUGUUGUCUGUAAGGGGGUGGACAAGAUGCACAGAGAAGGAGAACCUAGAGAUGUUGCCCAAAGAGGAGCUUGAGAGAUCCUGGUCUCAAGACAGUUACAGCACAUACAACAGCAUCCAAAUUGUGGCUCAGGCCUUAAGUGCCGCUGUGCAUUUGUCCAGAUCAAAGCAGUCGUUGAUGGUGGCUCGAAGAGGCAGCUUGGAUCUUCAGAGGUUGAACCCAUGGCAGCUUCACCCUUUCUUAAGACAAAUCCAGUUUUCGAAUGCUUCCGUGGGUGGCCUGCAUUUUGAUGAGAAUGGGGACCUGCCAGGCAACUACGAUAUUGAGAACUGGGUGAUGUUUCCCAACAAAUCUCGUGUCAGAGUGAAAGUUGGGAGCAUAGAGAGAGGCGAGUCUGCUGAUAUCAAGCUCACCAUUAACCCCGAAGCCAUUGUGUGGCCGAAGCAGUUUAAUAAGACCGUGCCUCGCUCCAGGUGUACCAAAAGCUGUCGCCCUGGAUACAAGAAGGUUGUUCAAGAAGGAGAGCCGGUUUGCUGCUAUGCUUGUGCUCCGUGUGCAGAAGGGACCAUCUCCACUCAGGAAGAUGCAGACCAUUGUGCCAAAUGUCCAGAAGAUCAGCAUCCAAACAAGGACCGAGAUCAAUGUGUCCCCAAAAUUAUCACCUUCCUGGCCUAUGAAGACUCUUUGGGGACCCUCCUGGCUUCCGUUGCGAUCUUCUUGUGUUUAGUCACAGGCAUUGUGUUAGGAAUCUUCAUUAAAUACAUAGAAACUCCAAUAGUCAAAGCUAAUAACCGGGACCUCUCCUACAUCCUCCUUGUCUCCCUCCUGCUUUCCUUUUUAACUUCUUUCCUGUUCAUUGGCCGGCCAAGGAAAGUGACCUGCCUUCUCCGACAAAUGGCCUUCAGUGUCAUCUUCUCGGUUGCCGUCUCUUCUGUGUUAGCAAAAACUAUCACUGUGGUGCUGGCCUUCCUAGCCACAAAGCCAGGGAACAAGGUGAGGAGAUGGCUGGGGAAGAGUUUGGCCAACUCCAUUGUCAUUUCCUGUUCCAGUGUCCAAGUUGUCAUCUGCACCAUCUGGCUGGGGAUCUCUCCUCCAUUCCCAGACUCUGAUAUGCACUCCCAGACUGAAGAGAUCAUCCUGCAAUGCAAUGAAGGGUCUGUUGCCAUGUUUUAUGGUGCUCUUGGCUACAUGGGCUUCCUGGCUGCCAUCUGCUUCACAGUAGCUUUCCUAGCCAGGAAGCUGCCUGGGGCCUUCAAUGAAGCCAAGCUGAUCACCUUCAGCAUGCUGGUCUUCUGCAGUGUUUGGGUGUCCUUUGUGCCCACCUACCUGAGCACGAAGGGGAAAUACAUGAUAGCUGUGCAGGUCUUCUCCAUCUUGGCCUCCAGUGCUGGCCUUCUGGGCUGCAUCUUCAUGCCCAAGUGUUACAUUAUUGUCCUGAGGCCUGAUCUGAAUACAAAGGAGCACCUGACAACAAAACAUAAAGAUGGCAUCUGA